GCCUUUGGUGCUGGUGUCGCGCUUGGGGAGUUGUUCGCUGCAGCUCUCUGUGGCCGAUCCCAGAGCCCUCGAAGGACCUUCCCUGGCCCUGCCAGCUUCAGGCAGCCGGGGCACCCAGGAGGCGCGCUCACAGCAGCAGAGCACGACACCCACUGCUGCAGCGCCAGAGAGAGGGAGCAGCUCCACAUGCCCGGCUCCCCCAGCCCACCGCAGCACGUGGAGAGCAUGGUCACAGAGCUGGAGGAGCGCUGCCCCAUCUGCCUGGGCAGCUGCGAGGAGCCCAGCUCUGUCAUGCCAUGCUUCCACCGGUUCUGCUACCCCUGCAUCCUGCGGUGGGCUGAGAUCAAGCCCGAGUGCCCCCUCUGCAAGAGGACAGUGACCUCCAUCUUGCACUCGGUGCAGGCGGACAGUGACUACAUGGAGCAUGUCAUCACACCAUCCAUGACACCAUCAGUCGCCGUCCGCCAGGCAGGAAGAGUUCCCAGACCACCAGCCGCCCACAACCUCCAUCACCCUGGAGCACCCCAACGGUGGGCUGCAGGAGGGGUGCCCAGGCGUCCUGUGGGCGGCCUACAGUCCCCAAACUGGAUGAACUCUUUCCACAACCAGCCAACGCUCCUCCACAUCCUGCAGCGCUGGGUCCAUCAGGAGCAAGAGGAGAUCUUUGGCAUCCUCAGCAACCACGGCAUGGAUACAGAGGGGCCGGGCCACAUGCAGGGGGUCUCCCUGCAAAACCGCAGGGCGACACGUGUGCAACAGCCUGCACGUGUCGCUGGGCAAGGGCGCAGCAGAGACACCCACCCUCUGCGGGGCUGGCAGGACGCCCGUGCUGCCGGGGAGCGGGAGGGCAGCCCCACGGUUGCCCCUGGCCCUGCUGCCUCCCAAGGAGGGUCUCUCACUCCCAGCCCAGCCCCCACCAGCAGCCCUGCAAGAACCAGCCCAGACGAGCUGCCCGGCACCUCACCCGUUGCCACUGGUGAGGAUCCCAGCAGCCACCCCUCUGCUCCCAUUGCCAUCCCUGUGGAGCAAGAAGAGCCCCAGGAGGAGCCAGGGGAGGCUGUGCCCGGGCCCUCCACCUCCAGCCGGGGCACUGAACGCUCCCGUGGGGGGACACGGCAACCCCCAAAGAGGAAGACCGGCAGCUCCGAGGCCUCUCCUGCCAACAAGAGACCAGCACCACAUCGGUGACCCUGGAGGCUGCCCGGUGGGAUGGCCAAACCAGGACUGGGCCAUCAGCUGGUCCCGGGGCAGAUCUUUCCAGCCAGGGGUCCAGGGCCAGCCCACACCCCACUGCCCAUCACCCCAGGCCUGGCCUCCUCCUCAUCGCACCCUCUGCCCCCACCUCCCGGGGCCCUGCUCUCCUGCCAGCCUGCACGGAUGGCUGCAGCCUCGCUAUGGCAGCACCCAAACCCUUCCUUCUGCCCUGAGUCGCAACUCGGUGCUGCUCUCUGCAUCACCCCAGGGUCGAACCCUGCCAAGGCAGGAGCCACAGGAACUUCAGCAAGGGGAAGCGCAAAGUCCUGCGCCUUCGGAGGGACAACCCCAGGCACCAGCACAGGCGGCGAGCUGCCCCGCUGGGAAGCAGCCAGGGAAAGGUGACCACGCUGCUGGCCUCGAGCACAGGCUUUCCUCCUGCUCGUCCAGACCCAG